AUGUCUUUCUUGUGGUUUGGUGAUAAACAUAGGGGAACACCCGAACAUGUUGCGCUUGCUGAUCCUGAACAUUUUAGAACAAGGACCCAUAAAAAAUUAGAUCCUCCUGCUGUUAUUGUACCUUACUUGGAGAGAUCCGGUUUUGCAACCGUAGCAAGGAUACCACAUAUCCAUACAGACACAAGUUUCGUAAUGGCAUUACUCGAAAGAUGGAGGCCCGAAUCACAUACAUUUCAUUUUCCAACUGGUGAGUGUACCAUAACGUUGGAAGAUGUGAGUAUGUUACUGGGUCUACGUGUCAAUGGUAAGGCUGUAACCGGUCCUACCGAAGUAGACUUGGACAUGUGGGAAGAAUUUUUGGGCGUUCAACCACCACGUAUAGCUUUAAAAGGUCGGAUGAUUCUAAUCUCUUGGCUUAAAUCACUAUUAGCUAAUAAUCCGAUAAAUGAAAAUUCAACUUUGGUACACUUAACAACAUACACUAGAAUUUUUAAUCUGCUUUUAAUUGGCUUAUCUCUAAUGCCCGAUAAAAGUAGUAAACAUGUGCACAUCAUGUGGGUGCCAUUGCUACAAGAUUUGGAGGAAUGCAAUACAUAUAGCUGGGGAUCAGCCGUGUUAUGCUAUCUUUAUAGCGAAAUGUGUAAGUCGGUAAACGUGGAAGUCGAUGGAAUGGGAGGGUGUGUUGAACUGCUCCAAGCUUGGGGAUAUACUCGAUUGCCUUUUUUGGCACCCAUCACUCCGCAGCUACCAUCAUAUCCGUACGCUGCGAGGUGGGCUGCAAAGAAGAAAAAAAAUGAAGGAUACCCCUCGACAUUGUCUCCUUGGAUACCGUAA